GUCUCAGAUUGGCGCCAGCGUAGAAGGACCUCCAUCCUGUCUUCGGUUCCUUCUCAGGCGCCGCACAAACACAAGGAAGAGUCUAAACAAGUGCAUCGAAAAGCAGACGGACGCCGGGCGGAAGAGGACAUUGAGAGGAAUACGAGCGGCUUUUUCCCCCUCGCUCGCCGUCUUUUUCUGUCCCAUCCCCUCCCUCCUUCAUUCGUUACCUGUACUCCGGGAUUAACGCGCGACUUAAAUUUCAAUCAGCCCGCAGCCCGAGCGAGGAGCGACAGAGGCGGCAGACAGACCGCCGCAGCUGUCGAGAUCGAGGGGGCCGACGGGAGGGGAGAGACGGGGGAGAGAGAGAGAAGAGGAAGAGGAAGAGGAGGGGGGAGGGGAGAAGAAGGGGGCAGCGGGUGGGAGAGAGUGAUGGGUGUUGUUUCGCCGCAGAGUUGAGGGAGUGCGAGCGUGUCGCCAAGAUGGAGAUGUGACGGCUUCGGCGGUCGCAGGUGGAAUGAUUGGGAAAACAAGGUUAGUGAGUCUACCUUUUCAUCCGGCUCGGACGGGGACGGGGUUGCGGGUCCCUGCGGGAAAGAGGCGCAAAAAAGAGGACGAGGGGAGACGAAAUUGCUCUAUUGUGCUUUUGAAGUGGCCAAUAAACAGCCAAAGGGCUGUGAGGGGGGGCGGGGGGCAGGGAAAAAACGCAAACAAUCUGCAGGUUCUGUGCGUGCCAGCAUGCCAGGACGAGAACGGCGCAUACGGAAUGCGGGGUGCAAAUCGCUGGCAGCAUUUGAGCCACAAAAGCAGAGAGUGAGCGUGCGGCUUCAACGCAGAACGAUCACGAAAUCGACUUCUGCGAGGCGUCCGAGAUGAUUGGCAGGCCAGAGUCGAGCAGGCGGACUUUUGAACUGUCUGACAUUCACAGUGCAGAUCAAUAGGCCGCUUGUUUCAUUAGCUUGCGUGCGUGCGCAUGAAUGCGCUACCUUGUGCGCUCGGGUUUCGGCGUGCAGAGAGACACCAGCGGAGCCUGCAGAGAGACGUUAAGGGGGUUCCAGGACUAUUGAUCGCCUCUGACAGAGACGGGCUGCCAAGGGGCCAGGGAGGAUUUACCGCCGCCGUUGCCAUAAGGGCGGAGAGGAUGAUGGACGGGCCGGCGUUCUGAAGACGGGGGCGGGCGUGUAGCCAGGUGCCACCACAACAGGAGACACUUCUUUUUCUCUCUCUCUCUCUCUCUCCUCUCACAGGUUUCUCCCCAUCACGCCCACUUCUCCAAGGUCACCGUCGAGUCGAGAGCCGACAAAUGCGGCAGAGGCGACGAAAAGUGCCAAGGAGAACACAGCCUGGAAGUCGUUCCAGGAACUGAGCGGUGUGAGAAAGAGGAAGUCCUCGCGCGAGGGGACGGGGCCGGGGAGCGCGAUGAAUAAAUAACCGCGGCCACGGCCGGGAUACGUGAGGAUGCAACGAGGGAAGAAGUGACGGGGGCCACGCAGGCCGGGAAGAGAGGUAAACAUCUCGACCUCCUGGAUCCCACUCCUGGCAGAACCGAAGCCUUUACAAAAUACGACACGUCCGAUCCGGCCUCAAGGAAGUCGUAUCGAGAAGGUCUUUAAGAGGAUUUAAAGCCAAGUGGAUUUUUGGAUUUUUCCCCCCCCCCUCUUCUUCUUCGUCUUCUUCUUCAAACUGAGGUCUCCAUCUCGGAAUACCAGGCUAGGAUUGGACGAGUAAUUCGGGAUUUUCCAGGUUCUCUGUCCCCGUGUAGAAGUUUAAGAGGAUAUCGUGGAAUUUCUCAAACCUGGCCGGCUUUCUCACGCCGACUGACGUCCGCGUAUCUUUUGAUGCUCACUGAACCCCCCGCCCCGCCGCUCGUCUGGUACGAUGUGAUGAACACACACGCGUACAAACACAGACACACACAAAACAACAACAACAACCUGGACAACAUGUGGAGCUGAUUCCAGUUGUUAAGCACAGACAUAAAAGGUCUGUGGAUAGCCUGGCUUUCUACCAUGCCUGCCCCCCCAACCCUAAACCCCAGCAGACAGAAGCACCUGCCUCACACGCAUCCCCGCCCUGAUCGACAGGCAGAAAAUUCCAUCUUCCCUCCAUCCAUCCUCUCGCUUUCUCACACCCCACGUCUCGUCUCAUCCCCGCCCUCGACAUCCCACGUCAUCCCCUGCGCCGGUUUGGGAGCCUCGAAAAGAACACUCGCGAGCGGCGUCCCGUUCCCGGCUUUUCACUGGCUGACCCUGGUCACAUGCUGCCUGCUGCCCUCCCUGAUUGGAGCGGGGGAGACGUGGGGCGUCGUGUCAGCCUGCCCUUUCCACUGCGUGUGUCGGAACCUCUCCGAAUCGCUCAGCACGCUGUGCGCCGACAAGGGUCUCCUGUUUGUUCCCCCGCACGUCGACCGGCGUACUGUCGAGCUGCGGCUGGCUGACAACUUCAUCACAGAAGUGGGAGGAACCGACUUUGUCAACAUGACCGGAUUGGUCGAUUUGACUCUGUCCAGAAACACAAUUCACCUGAUUCGACCGAUGGCCUUUGCUGAUCUGGAGAGUCUACGCUCCUUGCAUCUCGAUGGUAAUCGUUUAACAAUAGUCGGCCCCAGGGACCUGGCAGGGUUGGUCAAUCUACAACAUCUGAUUGUCAAUAACAAUCAGUUGGUCAAAGUGUCAGUGCAGGCUUUUGACGACUUCUUACUCACAUUAGAGGAUCUCGACAUGUCCUACAACAACCUCCGAAAGGUACCGUGGGAGUCCAUUCAGAAUAUGGCCAGUCUCCACACUAUGAACCUGGACCACAACCUCAUCGACCACAUCGCGGAGGGAGUCUUUGGAGAGUUGUAUAAGCUCGCCAGGCUGGAUAUGACCUCCAACCGGCUCAGGACCCUACCGCCCGACUCGCUCUUUGCAAGGUCCCAGACUGGUGCAAUAAGCCCCACCCCUUACAACGCUGUCAUUAGUCUGAAUUUUGGGGGGAAUCCGCUGCACUGCAACUGUGAACUGCUGUGGCUCCGACGGCUUAUCCGCAGUGACGACAUGGAGACCUGCGCCACACCAAUCCACCUGGCCGGAAGGUACUUCUGGUCGAUUCCUGAGGAGGAGUUUACAUGUGAGCCCCCUCUUAUCACCCGCCACACUCACAAGCUGUGGGUGCUGGAAGGCCAGAGGGCCACCCUCAAGUGCCGCGCCAUCGGAGACCCGGAGCCCGUGGUGCACUGGGUGUCACCAGACGAUCGCAUCAUUGCAAACUCAUCCCGGACCAGCUCCUUCAAUAAUGGAACUUUGGAUAUGGUAGUGACAGUGGCCCGGGAUGACGGGCCAUACACGUGCAUCGCAAUAAACGCAGCGGGAGAAGCGACUGCCACUGUAGACCUGAAAAUAAUACCUCUCCCUCACCGGGGUGGAGCAGGUGGAAACACAGGAAAUAACAAUGUGAACAACAGGAACGUAACUAAUGGGAUUUUACGAACUGAUCCGGGAUCCUCGGAUAUCAGCACUGGGAAAACAGGCGGAAUAAACAACGGCGUGGCACGCGGAGGCGACGCGGAGGACGGGAAAAAAGGUGGCGCCGGAGAUGAAGGUGACAGCGGCAGGGCGAACGAAGAGGAGAGGGCUGAGGGCGGGGGCGAGGAGGAGGACGAGGAGGACGAAGAAGCCAGGAGGACGGUCGGAGUACAAGGAAUAACGUCCACCUCGGCUCAGGUCCGGUGGGAUUUGGGACGUUUGCCUGGAGCUCACGUUGUGUGGAUGUAUCAGAUACAAUACAACUGCACGGCCGAUGAAACCCUCAUCUACAGGAUCCUGCCAUCCACCAGCGACCGCUUCCUGUUGAAGAACUUGGUCUCCGGAGUGGAUUACAACUUGUGCGUGCUGGCCAUUUUCGAUGACUCCGUCACAGCGCUGGCGGCGACAAAGGUCCUCGGCUGCACCACCUUCUCCACCAAGGACGUUUAUCCCGCCUGCAGUUCUCUCCAGGCUCAUUUCCUGGGAGGAACGCUGACCAUCUUAGUGGGCGGCGUGGUGGUGGUCACCCUCCUCAUGUUCACCGUCGCGUUGAUGGUUCGCCAUCGGGUGUGCGAACAUUCCGACCGCAUCCUGUGUCACAACAGCGGCGAAGAGGCAGGAGUCGGGCUUUGCGGUCAGGGCGGUGGCGUGGUGGCCCGGGAUAAAGGAGGAGACUGCAGCGGGUGCUACCAGUCCAACGGUUCUGGUGACACGAUGAUGGUGGUCCUGCCUAACGGGCUGCCUUCCAAGAGAACAGGGGAGCGCGGAAAGGACAAGGAGCCCGCAGAGUCCGAUUCUUCUCUGCCGCCAAAACUCCCCCCCAAGCCGAGGUUCAAGCCGAAGGUCAACCUGGAGCACUUUCUUUCGGCCGGGGGCGUGGUCUCCACCAUGGCGGGGGCAGGAGGGGAGAUGGCCUUGGUGGUGCGGCAGAGGAAGCUGGAGAAAGCACCGCCGUACACUGCGGAAAGUGACAGGACUCUGCUCGACUACUCCCCCUGCGUCUCAUCCACCCUGCCUCGCCAGUCACGCUUUAGGGAAAGCCCGAAACCUCGUCUGGAGCGAGAGCUGACCAACCGUGCCAGCUUCUCCCUGGCAGCACCCCUGCGAGACUCUGAUAUGCUGGCCUGGAGGAUUACUUCCCCCGGAAGGGACAAAUGGAACUCCUCUCAGGCUUAUCAGAGCCCCAUAUCCCCUCUCAACGCCGCCUGCGGGACAGUCAGCAAGCGGCGCCACUCGCUGGACAUGGGCUCCUCUGUCGCCCUAGCGACCGACGCGGCCGCAACUGUGGCCAAACGCUACGGCGCCAUCAGCUACGCCAAGCGGCUGAGCGUGAUCUGGACCAGGCGCAGCCAGUCGCUCCACGGAAUGCUGGUGCAGUGCGCCUCCGCCACGAGCACCGGCUCUUCCACCGCCAGCGACGAGGGCGAAGGCGCCGGGCCGUUUGGGGGGCGAUGCGAGUUUCAACGUGGAUACAUCCACGCUUACAGCACCACCGACUCCAACUCUAACACCGGGACCGCGAUUGCGAGAGGGAGCGCCGGAAGAGACAGGGGGAGGGAGAAAGGGAAGGAUGGAAAAAGCGCUGAAGAGCUGGAGGAAAGUGUUGUGUAGAAUGUUGACAGAAGCUAUAGAGACUCUUAAAAUGACAAAAAUUGAUUUCAAUGAACAAAAACAGAUAGAGCCUUGAGAGUAAAUAGCUUUGGGGUGUUUAUGGCCUUGAAAUUAACAUUCACACAAAUGUUCUCAGUUGACAAAAGUUAACAGCGGAAGAGGGGAAGCGAGAACGAAGACACGGAGAACGGUUAGAGAUCCGCGUGGAUCCAAGAAAAGCCUCAACACCGACAGAACCUGCCUCAUCCCACAGGUUUGCACUGGAUCAAGUGCCAUCACAGCACUGGAUCAACACUACAGCGGGCGUGGGAUGCGGGGGGGGGGGGGAAAGAAAAAAAGAUUUGAUGUGGCCAGACGUUGUCAAAUUGCAAAACAAAGAAUGUGACUUCUAUGCGUCCUCUGUGGCUGAACUUUGGCCAGCCACGCCUUUGGAUUAUAGGAGCAUAAAUACCGAGCUGUGUGCACUGGCCGUGAUCAAUCGAUGCGUGCCGGCGCGAGCACGGACGUUAUUAAAUCACAGCGGGCUUACAAUGCAUUCGAUACGGAUUACAAAAUGGUGGCGGCGUACGAUGGAACUUUUCCUGGCGACACCGAGCUGCUCUGCUGCUUCCGGUGUGAACGUAUCGGAAGGAUCACGGACCGGAUGCGUGUCAAUGUGCCUGUGUGUUUGUGUGCACAUAUGUGAGGAGUUUUCCAGUCCAGCGCCGCUGUUCCUGUUACAUGUGGUUUCGCUUUUGUUUUUUGUUUUUUGUUUUUUUGCAACAAGCAGGAUUGUGUAAUCGAAACGCUACAACACUGCACUGAAUUAAUCACUAUUUUUGCAGCUGGGACUGAACGUGACAAUGUCCAAUGUGAACAUAUAUUUUUUGUUUGUUUGUUUUGUUUUUGUUACUUCACUUGUGCCACACAACAUCUCCAUCUAAAUGGGGAAUGUUUUCAGAGUGAAAGUGUUACGAGAUGGACACAAUCGAAGAUAAUGGGAGCCACAAACCUCAUGACUUUGUUUGGACUUGAAACGAUUGAAGUGGGACAAGAAAAGAAAAAAAACAUCUAACUCCAAUCAGUGAAAAAUUCAA